AUGCCACUCCACCUCUUCUUCUUCAUCGCCAUCCUACUCUUCUUCCUGGCCUUCUCGUGCUACAUCCGCUACGAGUCUGCUCUCGAGGACCUGAUGAUCCUGGCCAAGCUGUUCCUUAUGCUCUCCCCGCUCCUUCUGCUGCUCCUCGUCCACUGCCUGUCCGCCGGUGCGAAUAACAAUGACGACGGUGGUAGGAGGUUCUCUCUGUACAUCCCGUUGCCGGAGAGGGACUCCCUCCACCGCGCCGGCGGGUCUCCCUGGGGUGUUGCGGUGGUGCUGGUGUUCCUUGUGUUUAUGGUCUCUUACCAGUCUGCCCUACAAGAACGAUGGUUCCCUUUGAUUGCCAGAUGA